UCCCUUUCCCCGUGUCAGGGACGCAGCCUAAUCUUUUUCCCUCAGAACACAAUAUUGUCCCCAGAAAAACAUCCCAAUGACACCGCCAGUUUAAAUUCCGAAGGACAUUUCGGAUUCUCCGUCAGCCUGAAUCCAACUUUUGGGUCCUGCUCUGCCCCCCUUCCCCCGCUGGCGUCUGGUUGCGAUGGAGAACUCGUCGGUGGCGUCCGCCUCGUCGGAGGCGGGCAGCACGCGCUCGCAGGAGAUCGAGGAGCUGGAGCGCUUCAUCGACUCCUACGUGCUGGAGUACCAGGUGCAGGGGCUGCUGGGGGACAAGGGCGAGGCCGUCACCGAUGGGGACAAGACGCAAGUGUCCCAGUGGACGGAGGACUGCAGUGAUAAAAUAGAUGGCAGCUGGUCAUCCUCGCGGGGGAGAGCUUCAUCCAAACCAGAUGAGUGGGAGCACAGUAGUAAUGGGAGCACGGGGUCGAGGCCCAGUUCUGGCUCGCGGCCCGGUUCGGGAUCCAGAUCAGGCAGCCGGGGAAGGAAUAAUCUGUUCAAAGGUCCUGCCAAGAAUGGGAACCGAGAGGGCUCUUUGGACAUCCUGGGCACAGACAUCUGGGCGGCCAACACUCUGGAUGGUGGAGCCACGUGGGAUCUCCAGCCAGAGAAGUUGGACUUCUCCCAGUUCCACCGGAAGCCAUACAGGGGGACACCAAAGCACCUUCCCCACAUCGAUCGCGAGGGAAUGAUGAAGGGCAAGUUUGACGAUGAUGACGGCAUCGACCUGGCUGAUGUGGAGAAGUUUCUACCUGGACUACGAGCCUUUCCCCCCAUGCCGAAUGAAGCCGAAAUCGCACACACCAAAAAACUCUUCAGAAGACGGCGCAAUGACAGGCGAAACGUUCACCAGGACCAGUUAACGGUGCUGCUGUCUGCCCCAGGAAAGCGCCAAGUUACCAGGAGACAGCAGCGGAGUCAACAAGGCGGAGGCGGAGGUGGUGGAGGAGGGAAGUCCCAGAAUUCUCAGCAGCAGCAGCAGCAGUCGCCACAGCAACAACAGAACUCUCAGCACCACCACCAACAGCAGCAGCAACAGCAGCAGCAGCAGCAGCAGGGGCAACAACAGAACCAACAACAGAACCAGUCCCAACGGGAAGGCGAUCAACAGAGUGGUGGUAGUGGCGGUAAGGGUGGGGGCCGAGGCGGCUACCAGGGGGGCCAGGGACAGCGCUCCCACCACGGCUACAGCCAGAACCGCCGCUGGCACAACCCCCAGAAACCGCAGCACCAACAGGGCCAGCAACCGCAACAGGGGCAACAGGGGCAGCAGCCGCAACUAGGCCACCACAACAGCGCCCCGUCCCACUGCUCUUCUCCGAGCCACAAGGGGGCUCCACCCCCGGGCCGCAAUCCCAAAGACUCUGACAAUGUGAAUGCAAAGACGUCCGUGGAGGAGGAAGGCGGCGGCGCCGACAAAGAGAGGGCGCCCCAGAGGGAGCAGGCAGGGGGCCCGGCCUCGUCAUCGUUGUCGGAGGGAGCCCGAGUCAGCCUGCUGCAGUCGUCCAAGGAGAGGCUGAGGAGGAGGCUGAAGGAGAAGGAGGAGUCCCCCGGCGGCACGUCCUCCCCGUCGCAGCCUCCGCAGCGCAGUCGCAUGGAGCGGCUCUCGGAGCUGCUGAACAGCAUGCGCAGCAACAGCAGCGGUGUGGAGGCGCAGCUGGGCGCCUUCAUGGAGGAGGCGCAGAGCUGGGCCAGCUCCGAGGAGCUGCUGGAGGAGGUGGUGCGCACCAUCUACACCAAGGCCGUCACCGACCGCAGCUUCGCCGCCACCGCCGCGCGCCUCUGCGACAAGAUGGCCCUCUUCAUGGUGCAGGGAACCAAGUUCCGCUCACUGCUCCUCAACAUGCUGCAGAGGGACUUCACGCGUCGUGACGAGCUGCAGCAGCAGGACGUGGAGCGCUGGCUGGGCUUCAUCACCUUCCUGUGCGAGGUGUUUGGCACCAUGCGGAGCAGCACCGGCGAGCCCUUCAGGGUCCUCGUCUGCCCCAUAUAUACCUGCCUCCGGGAGUUGCUGGAGUCACCAGACGUGAAGGAGGAUGCUGUUCUCUGCUGCUCCAUGGAGCUGCAGAGUACGGGUCGACUCCUGGAGGAGCAGGUGCCGGAGAUGAUGACGGAGCUGCUGGCGGCGGUGCGGGACAAGAUGCUGUGUCCCACCGAGUCGCAGCUGACGCGCUCCCUCCUCAUGGAGGUCAUCGAGCUGCACGCCCACCGCUGGGGCCCCCUGGAGGCCCUGACCACGCAGUACUACAACCGCACCAUCCAGAAGCUCACCACCAACUGAUAAUACAUACAUACGCACCUCCUAUUGUUACUCCCCACUACUACUCCUCCUACUCCUCUUCACCUCCUCCUCCACUGCUGGGGAGGCCCUCACCAUGCAUUACUACAACUGCACCAUCCAGAAGCUCACGACCACCUAAUACUACAUACGCACCUCCUCUGUACCCCCCUAUGCACCUCCUAUUGUUACUCCCCACUACUACUCCUCCUCUCCUCCUCCUCCUCCACAGCUGGGGCCCCCUGGAGGCGCUCACCACGCAGUACUACAACCGCACCAUCCAGAAGCUCACUACCGCGUAAUGCUAUUCAUGCACCUCCUUCUCCCCCAUGCACCCUCCUAUUGUUACUCCCCACUACCGGUCCUCCAUUCGAGGCCCUCACCACGCAUUACUACGUACAACCGCACCAUCCUGAAACUCACCACCGCAUAAUGCUCCCCUUCACCUCCUCCCCACGUGUCCCCUCCUGUCACUACACCUCUUGACCUUUUCUCCCUCCUCACGUCGUCCACCGCUUAUGGCGUUAUUACCCUUCUUCUUUCUAAGCUGAAAAGACUCACCGCUUGUGGCCCUCCAUAUACCUGCACACAUAAAAAUAAUUGUGAAACACUAACAUACAUACAUACACACUACAGUGAGCUGGAGUACAACUCCCUUCUAUGAUGGAGUUGAGGCUUAAAAAUGGCGGAUGGGGAAUAGAUUGACAUACAUACAUACACACACACACACACACACACACACAAAGACCCACGCACACUACAUAAG